AUGGUGGAGAAAGGAAUGCAUGAAAUAUUUCCUUAUGUGUAUUUGCUUCUUACAUUGGCUUUGGUUUUACCGGUUGCAACUGCUUCAGUGGAGAGGGCAUUUUCCGCCAUGAAUAUUAUUAAAAAUCCACUUCGCAACAGAAUGGGAGAUCAAUGGUUGAAUGAUAGCUUGAUUGUUUACAUUGAGAGAGAUGUUUUUGCUUGUAUUGAUAACGAAACUAUAAUGCAACGUUUUCAGAAUAUGAAAACUCGUCGUGGAUAA